AUGGAUCCCGUGGAGCAGGGCGUGCGCCAUAUUUGGGCCGCUAUGGAGCAGGUCGUGCGCAAGAGCCAGCGCGUGGUCCAGCACAGCGGCCAGGUAAUCUGCGUUGAAGCAAUCCGAUCCGAAAAGGGUCAAACACCAUAUCGACCGUUGCAGGCUGUUUAUCGCGCGCACCCAGGCGCCACACGAAUGGACGAGUCCCCCGUACGGCAUGACAGCACGGCAGUGCAAGAAAUGGCGGCAGUUAUAACACCUCGCCACUACCCACCGGGAUAUUCCGGGGAGCCGCAGGACGACGACGCAGCGUGGCGCAUGACCCCGAUCGAAGGCGCGUGUUUGGAGUUCUGCAUCGAGUUGCUAAACCAAAAGCAGCGUAGCUAUGAGUACGAGAGCGUGCUUGGCCCGGAGAGUUAUCCUCCGAUCUUAUCGCGCGUGAUCAAGGUGGCGCGCUUUAUGAUUGUGCAGAAAGCGCUUUGGUUGGAUCCGAAUCCGGAGGAGAUUAUCGCGGUGUGGCAGAAGAAGAGUAACUGCGCGCAGUGGGUGCUCGCCAGCGCCGACGACGAGCUGGAGGAUAUUUAUUUGGACGAGGGAUAUUACAGUUAA